GAUAACUGCAACCAAAGCAAGAAUCAUAUUUCACCAGUAGUCGUCGCAAUCGUCUUCCACUAGCAACACUAUCUCCCGUGCUUCCUAGUAACUACCCCGAGACAUCAAUCAAGAUAAUAAGUACUAAGUCUUCAUAGUUUCAGUGACUUUGUUCUUUUUUUCUCUUCUCACUGCAAACCAUGACCAUCUUCACUUUCACCUUCUUAAAACUCUUCUUCCUCCUCCUACUACACUUCUCCACACGCCUCCAAGCCUACACCUCAGAGGAAGUUUUCACCAUCAAUUGCGGCACCACCGGGAAGUCCUCCGACGGUCAAAGAACCUGGACCGGCGACAUCGACACAAAGUACUUAUCUUCCCAAGACUCCACCGUUUCAGACAAGGCCUCAACACAAUCUCCUUCAACCAAUCAAGUCCCCUUCUCCACUGCACGAUUGUCCCGUUCCCAAUUCAAUUACUCCUUCCCUGUCUCCCCAGGUACCAAAUUCCUUCGCCUCUUCUUCUACCCUACAGACUACCCUUCAUUUCCCCGCACCCACGCAUCCUUCUCCGUUCAAUCCAACCGAUUUACUCUCCUUAACGAUUUCAACGCCUCUCUUAACGCCGACGCUCAAGCCACGGACACUAUCUUCAAGGAAUACGUGGUCAACGUCAACGACGGUGAGAGGCUUAUCCUCACCUUCACUCCCUCGCAUCCAAACUCUUACGCUUUCAUCAAUGGAAUCGAGGUACUUUCCAUGCCAACCGAUUUAUAUUACACACCAGCAAAUGACACAGGCUUCACGUUCAUCGAAAGUAGCACGCUGUACAGCGUUGGAACCAGCUCUGCUCUUCAGACUGAGUAUAGAAUCAAAGCCGGAGGACAAGAAAUCUCGCCAUAUAACGACAGCGGUUUGUUCAGGGAUUGGGCUGCCGAAGAACCAUACUUUAUCAAACUCAAUCCAAAGAAUGAUGAUAUACCAGCUAACACGGAUGGGAAAAUGAACAUAAUCGUCAAUCCCGAUUACUUGGCACCAAAGGAACUGUUCAGAACAGCGCGUAGCAUGGGCACAAACGCCACUCUGAACAGAAUGAGCAACCUCACUUGGGAGUUCCCCGUUGAUUAUGGCUUCACUUACGUUCUCAGGCUCCACUUUUGCGAGCUUGAUCCCAAUAUUCAUGCCAUCGGUGACAGGCGAUUCUCCAUUUACAUAGCGAGUCAGGUGGCUGAUGAGCGUGCAGAUGUAAUGGUUUGGAGUCAGAAACAAAAAGGUCUAGCUGUGCAUAGAAACUACGGCGUUUUAAUUCCCAAAAAUGGUACUCAGAAAAAGUUUAAUCUUUCGCUUCAAAUGCACCCUCGCGAAAGCAAUGUUGAUUCGAGAUACCCAGAUACCUUCCUGAACGGUCUAGAGAUCUUCAAAAUCAGUGAAGCUGGCUCAAACAACCUAGCUGGACCCAACCCGGACCCCGUUCAGACUCCGCAGAACAACAUUCCCGAUCAAAACGGAAAGACCAGCAGUGGAAGCGCAACGACGAUUAUUGGCGCCAUAGCAGGGGUGGUGUCAGGCAUCGUUUUGAUCUCGCUAAUCGUUUUCCUUGUCGUGUUUUUCAGACGCAAGAGAACCACAAAGCCAAAAGAUUACAACAAGUCAAAGUCUUCUGCGACUUCCAAAUGGGGUCCACUUUCCUUUACAACGACCAAGUCAACCACUACGAACUCCUCUCUACCGUCCGAUCUCUGCCGCCACUUCUCCCUGACGGAGAUCAAAGCCGCCACCAACAACUUCGACGACGUUUUCAUCGUCGGCGCCGGGGGAUUUGGCCAUGUGUAUAAGGGCUACAUCGACGGCGGUUCCACCCCAGUGGCCAUCAAGCGACUCAAACCGGGUUCACAGCAGGGCGCGCACGAGUUCAUGAACGAGAUCGAGAUGCUCUCGCAGCUCCGCCAUCUUCAUCUCGUGUCCCUAAUCGGAUACUGCAACGAGAUGAACGAGAUGAUCCUCAUCUACGACUUCAUGGCACGUGGCACCCUACGCGACCAUCUCUACAACACGGACAACCCCGCUAUCCCUUGGAAGGAGCGCCUGAAGAUCUGCAUUGGCGCCGCGCGUGGGCUGCACUAUCUGCACACUGGCGCGAAGCACACGAUCAUCCACCGCGACGUGAAGACCACAAACAUCUUGUUGGAUGAUAAGUGGGUGGCCAAGGUCUCGGAUUUCGGGCUUUCCCGAAUUGGGCCCACAGGCAUGUCAAAGGCCCAUGUGAGCACCGUGGUGAAGGGCAGCAUAGGGUAUUUAGACCCAGAGUAUUAUAAACGACAGCAAUUGACGGAAAAGUCUGACGUGUACUCUUUCGGCGUGGUGUUGUUUGAGUUACUGUGUGCUCGUCCGCCUCUGAUCCGCACCGCGGAGAAGAAACAGGUGUCACUGGCUGAUUGGGCGAGACACUGUUACCAAAAUGGGACCAUUGCGCAGAUUGUUGACCCCGCAUUGAAGGGGAGGAUCGCACCAGAGUGCUUGAGGAAGUUCUGCGAGAUUGGGGUGAGUUGUUUGUUGGACGAUGGAACGCAGAGGCCGUCGAUGAACGACGUCGUUUGGAUGCUGGAGUUUGCGUUGCAGUUACAAGAGAGUGCGGAACAGCGGGAUAAUGAUAACGUGAUUGGCGGUGAGGGGGUUAAUGAAAGAAGAGAGGAAGGUAUGGAAGAUUUGUUUAGCAGUGGAACGAGUGUGGGUCAGGUUUCGGAUUUUAACAAGAGUAGUGGAAGUGUGGUGAGUGUGAGUACCAGCAGCGAAGAGCUUAGUAGCAGCUAUAAAGAGAGUGAUAGAUUAGUGUCUGGGACUGUUUUCUCUGAAAUUGUUGACCCAAAGCCACGUUGAGGGAAUCAAUCAAGUAGAUGAGAACACCUACUACUACUGCUAAAGCUCAAAAUUUAUGUGUUUAGUUUCAUAUUUCUGAUGUUUCAUGUCUCUGUACAGGAAUCAAGUUGCUUUCUAUCUCUCUUGUGAAUGAAGACAGGUUGCAAAGUAAACAGAUUUCAAGAUUACGUGUUUAAUUGUUGUAACAAUUUUUCUCUCCGAUGAUUUAUGUCAAUUUCAACAUUUUUGUUA